GUCGACGCAUCUAAUAUCCUCGAGCCACUCCGACUGGGUCCAUUGACAAGCCAUUGUCGACCCCCGACUAUCGUCAAUACCGAUCCUUUCGCUUUCGUCCCGUCAGCCCUUUUUUUGCGACUCUAUUCCCAAUGGCUUCAACCGGAGUGAACGUUCUGCGGUGGUCCGCCCUCGGCCUGGGUAUCUUUUACGGCUUCACCCACCAGCGAGCGAUUACUGCUUCCCAAAGGGCUGAGCACGCGCAGCACGAGUACGAGAAGAAGGAGAAUCUCAUCAAGCAGGCCAAGGCCGAGUUUGCCAAGAAGAAGAACCCUUCAUCUGGUGAUGAUGUUAUUACCGACCCUUCAGACCCCAAGUUCGAUCUUGAGAAGCUGCUGUUGAAGGUCCAGAAGGAGAGCCCUUAGAUAUGUAAUAAUGGCGCGGGGGAACGCAAAUAUGACAAGGGAGAGAAUUGAACGAUUGGAGGUUUUGGCGAAAAGGUUACCGCUAGGGAAACAGGUCCUGCCGGGGCAAUAAUCCGAGCCUCGAACCAGACCCGAUGUAUGAUUGAGGAUAUACGUGGCGGUCCUGCAUAGAUGUUUCCUUAGGUCCCUGUUUAACUCUGUGUACAGGUGUACAAUAUAUCUACUUUAGACGGCAAAAGCGUCAAUUGUCUUGAAUGGGCUUGUGUUAGUUUGGCACGUGCUGGGAUAAGCUUGA